AUGUCCUCGCUUCUUCUGCAGCUACACUUGACCCGCGAAAACGAGCCGGAAGUGCCCAUCUUCGUGUUUACACAGAAGUUGUGGGACUGGGCCGUCACGAUAUUUUUUCGCAUGCGGGUUGCAGAUGCUAGAGCUGCGGCUGGGGAGUUGUAA